AUGGCGACUUUGGCGACGUUGCAGUCGGCAGAAACAGGCGCACCGCCAGGCGAGCAGUUCUUUACGGCAGCCGACUCUCGCCCCAUCAUCCUGUUUGAUGGCGUCUGCAACCUGUGCAACGGCGGAGUGAACUUCAUGCUUCAGUGGGACACGGCGGGCGAGUACAGGUUUGCGGCAUUGCAGUCGAAUGCGGGCCGCCAGCUGCUGCAGCGGUCGGGUCGGCAGCCCGAUGACAUCAGCUCCAUCGUGCUUGUGGAGCGCGGCGGCAGCUACAUCAAGGCCGCGGCCGUGCUGCGCAUCGCACAGCGCCUGCGAGCGCCGCUGCCACUCGUCGCGGCUGCGCUGGACGUCUUCCCGUUCCCUUUCAAGGAUGCAGUCUAUGGCCAGGUGGCCAACAACCGCUACCUGCUCUUCGGCCGCACCAAUGCCUGCCGCCUGAGCGAUCCACGCUUCGACGACCGCUUCCUGUCCAGCUGA